CUUGACAUGUAGUAGACCCCCUCCCUUCACUCAUUUGUCUAAAUGAGACAAAAACCACCCCUCUCACCUCACCAUCUCCACCCACACGAUUCAGCACCCUAGGGUAGCAAGGAGGGGCUCUGAAACUCCUCAUUUUCACACCCAAAUUCGAGCUCAAGAUAGAGGAUCCAAAGAGGAGUGCUUGGAGAAGGAAAAAGGUGUAGGAAAGUGUGGAAAAUUGAGGAACUUGAUUUAAAGUAUUUUUGAGCUUCGCCGGAGUUUCGUCGGAGUUGGUCAAAGUUCGCCGGAGUUGGUCAAAGUUCGCCGGAGUUGGUCAAAGUUCAAUCGAGGAACGUAGAACGCGCUUAAGCUUAAUUAAGGUGAGGAUGACCGACUAUGUUACUUAUAAUCUUGGGUUAAUUUCAUGGGAUUUCCUAAGUGAAUACAAAUGUGAUGUGCAUGGGUUGUUAAUGGUUAAUAAUGCCUAAAUAAAACUACUAUUGAUUUUAAGUAUAGUAUGCAUGAUACACAAAUUUAUGAAUAAAUUGUGUAUGUUUAGAUGUUAUGAAUAUGUGUGUAUGAUGGUUGUACCAACCAUGAAUUUCAUUUGAGAUAGUAUACUUUGAUACCAUGAGGAGAAGCCAUGAAGGUAUGAAAGUGAUACUUGAUAUUUAGGCCAAUCAUGCAUGAAGGAAGAAUUAUAUUGAAAUAAAUAAAUAACUAGCAUUAAAAUAUUAGUUGGAAAUGUUAGUUGAGAAAUGGAUGAAUUAUAUCCUAGGAAUGAGAAUUAUAAAGAAUCGGUGAUUAUGAGCUGGGCUCUAGACCGAUGUAGAUAACGGUGAUUAUGAGCUGGGCUCUAGACCGUAGUAGAUGACGAUGAUUAUGAGCUGGGCUCUAGACCGUAGUAGAUGACGGUGAUUAUGAGCGGGGCUCUAGACCGUAGUAGAUAACGGUGAUUAUGAGUUGGGCUCUAGACCGUAGUAAAAAUGAUGAAUUGAUACUAAAUGAACGGAUUAACUAUAAUGUAAUAAUGCUCUAGAUUGAGGGCCUCAGAGAUUUAAACUUCGAUUAUACUUAGUAUAGUUGUCAUUGUACUUGUCAAAUGCUUCCAAUUACUGACCUCCCCUUCACGGAGGAGGCCACCUCACAGUUUCAGGUAGAACUUGAAGGUUGCUACUACCAGCCACUGUUCGGGAAAUUCCUGAGAAGAAGACUUGGUUCGUGCUUCUUCCGUUCUCGUUUUGAAAACAAUAUGAAUAAUGCUCAUGGAUAAUAUUUUCUGAAUAAUUACUUUGGGGGUUUGCAUGCCUAAUUAUGCCAAGUGUGGCUUGAACACUUGUAUCAAUUGUUUCCGCUGCUUUAAUAAAUGUUUUACAUUAUGUUUGUUUAUGGAUGUACUAUGUGUGAAUGGUAUUCAAGACGCCUUGUAUAGUAUGGAUGAGUCGGACUGCGGUUAACUAUUCGUACUGUACGGCGGGUUGUUGACGUGUCCGGGUAGGUCCGGGGCGUGACAGGAAAGGUUAACGGCAAUGCAAUGAUGAAAACUGUGAAAAAUGGUGCUACAAAACUGCUGGAAAUACCGUUUGCGGAUGAACAGUAAUUAACAUAUUUUUACAUUCUAGUUCAUUGUAUUCUUGCAUUCUGUUUUUCACAUUGCAUCUUUAUUUUGAUUUUUGUAGAAAUAAUGUGAUAACAUGCACUCUUUUUGGCGAAAUGAUUAAUCAAUAUGAAGCCUACAAGAAGAGUUCUACAAGUCCUACGAUACUGGUGCUACAGUGCUUUAGAGCUAGAAAUUACCAAGGAGGGAUUUAUGUGUCUAAUGUGCAUGAUGUUAGCAAACUCAUAGUUAAUGGAGAACAUCAAGAUGUAAUGGAGUUUCGGGAAAGGUUGCCCCCCCCCCUCCUCCCGGUGAAGAAGUUACUGUUACUCCAACCAUCACAUACUCAUCACAAUCCACUGCUAAUGACAUCAGUAAUGGAAAUGUCAGACUGGAAAGUAUUGAGGACUUGCUUAAAAUUGAAGAGGAUGGUAGGUACUGGACAUUGGUAGAAAUAGUUGCCUUUGACAACUAUAAGGAGUGGAGUUACACUUCGUGCAAAAGUUGUAGUCGCAAGGUUAAACCAAGGGGUGAUGGUUUCUAUUGUAGUGAUUGUGAUUCUACUGAAGUUGUUCUUAGGUAUAAGAUUGAUCUCAGAGUUAUGGAUCACUCAAGUAAUACUACUUUUGUUUUGUGGGAUUAACAAUGCACGCAAUUAAUUGGUAAAACAGCAGCCACACUGCAGAGAAAUAUGAGGAACAACGAUGGAAGCUGUGGAAAUUUUCCACCCGAAGUAGACACAUUGGUUGACAUGCAAGUGUUGUUUAAAGUGAAAACUAAGAAGAAUCCUAAUGUGUACAAGGGAAGGAAGACUUUUAGUGUCAUUGACUCUAUCAAAGACCCUUCAGUGAUAUCAUUGUACUCUCAUGAAAAAGAAACUGCAGAGGAAGAAGAUGAAUUUACUGCGCUUCGAAAGGAGCUAUAUGAAAAUGAAAAGGAAACUAGGAAACUUGCAUAUACGAGGAAACUAGGAAACUUGCACACCCGAAAAAAUGAAGACAAUGAUGUCACAAUAGAAGAUGAUUUGGAUAUUUCAGUUGAUAUUAAUAUGUACUUUUGAUUGUUUGAAAGCUUUGUACGAGAAUCAGUUCAAUUAAAAUGUAUUUCAAAUUGUUGAUUUCUAAUAAUAAUAUAUACUUGUG